GUAGUUCCGGUUUGGCUCCAGAGGUGGCGGGAGAUUCCAGCAUGGCGGUGCAGCCCAAACAGAACCUGUCUAUGGACAGUGCAGCCGAGCAUGGCUUUCUCAACUUCAUUUUCUCCAUGCCGGAGAAACCGGACACCACUUUCAGAAUAUUUGACCGUAACGACUACUACACCGUCCACGGGAAAGACGCCAUUUUCGCGGCGAAGGAGGUUUUUAAGACGAAUGGAGUGAUCAAGUAUCUGGGCUCAGGUACGACACAGAGCAUCUAAAGCUUAGCUAAUCAGGCCACUAAUCCGACUGUCGGUUAACAAGCCGAAUGUGUUAUAUUUUGUUGAUAGAGUUGCCCUGAAGUAUAAACUGGCUGUAAUGCAUGAACUGUGUCAGCUGUAUUCCUGCUGGGUGUUGCACAAAGUGAUGCAGAUUGUUCCUGUUGGUCUGCAGGGAGUCGUAAACUGGAGAGUGUGGUCCUUAGCAAGCUGAACUUUGAGGCCUUUGUGAAAGACCUGCUGCUGGUCAGACAGUACAGAGUGGAAGUGUACAGGAACCACAGUAAGAGCAGCAAGGAGCACGACUGGAGGAUCGAGUACAAGGUAUUGAUUUGAUCAUGAAGAUCUGUCUGUGUAGAGGACAUCCAUGUUUUAAUCUGUGUUGCUUCCUACUGCAAACGUCUAUCAGCUACAGUUUGUUUUGGUUGUGUGCUGCAUGCUAAUAUGAAUACCUAACAUUGCCAGCAUGUCACAGCCUUGUUGUGGGUGUGUUCACUUUACUCACAGGAUGUGGUGGUGAAGAAGCAGUUGCUACUUGAAACUGUUUUUCCUCUCCCACCCUCUACAACUCAACUACACAUCAUUUCCCCACUAUUUACUUCUUCCUUAUUCAGAGGUUGAGUAGCGGAUGUUGUCAGUGAGAGAGCACGAGUUCAGGCUUCUUGCUCUGGUUUAAAAAUGAGGCAACAGCAUCAGAGUGUUAAAUCUCUUAAAGGGAUAUGCCGGCGUAAAAUUAAAUUAGGGUCAAACACAUCGUAACACGGAGUUAGACACCCCCUCGAGAGAUGAAUGUUGCCGACCUCUUGCUUCUCUAGUUAUACCAACUUAAGAAACGACCGCAGAUAACAAUACAGAGAGCCACGCGCUCAACCAAAACGCCACUCUAUAGCCACAAAUAAUGCUCAGAACAGCACCUUACUUCAUCAACAGUACAGAUAGGGUCCCAGCCACAGUACUAGCCACCAAACAUCUUUUCAACUUUGUUUAAUUUCUUUAACUGGUUGAGGUUUGUUUGGGUCCAUCGACUGCAGCGGAGUCUCGCAGCUCAAGGAAGAACAUUUAUGAUCAUUUCUUCAUCAUAAUGCAAUCAGACCGAGACGCUAAGGCAGAAGAACUACCACGUCUGCAGUGUAAAAGGAUUAAUAUGAUGAUUAUUACUUCAUAUGUACUGUUGAUGAAGUUAGGUGCUGUUCUGAGCAUUAUUUGUGUCUAUAGAGUGGCGUUUUUGGUUGAGGUUUGUUUGUGGCUCCUCAGACCGCUGUGUAUUGCUAUCCUGCAGUUGUUACUAAAGUUGGUAUAACUCUCGAGGGGGUUUCUUAACUCAGCGUUGAGGUGUGUUUGACCCUUAAUUUUACGCCGGAAUAUCCCUUUAAAGUUACUGAUAUCUGACUACUUCAGGUUCAUGAAGACUGAUGUCUGAGCGCACUGAUACCAUUUUCAGCUUGUGUGUCCUUGGCCCUAAACAGGAUUGUCUCUGUUUCACUUUGAUUAAUUGAAAGCUUAUGUAGGAGAGUAAGGUCUUUACAUACUGAGAUUGAUUAACCUGAACAGUGUUACACUGCAGUGCAUUUAAUCAGGGGUAAACUCCCUUUGCAUGUUAACUGAGUCACAUCUAACAGUUAUAGUCAUCACAGAUUUAUGUGGAGUUUAUCUUCUAAAGUAUAAUAAUCAGUCCUGCUGCCUGCAAAGAGUUAAAAACUUUAAACUGCUCAGGAGGACCCAGGUCAAAAUCUUAACACGUCUCUCGUCCUCAGGCUUCUCCAGGAAACUUGACUCAGUUUGAGGAGAUUCUCUUUGGAAGUGGAGCCGGAGCAGAGGGCUGCGCUGGAGUCGUAGCUGUGCGUCUGGCUACAGGAUCCGAUGGUCAGCGCGUGGUCGGGGUCGGGUAUGUGGACGCAGCCCAGAGGACGAUGGGAGUGUGCGAGUUUCCAGACAAUGAGAUCUUUUCCAAUCUGGAGUCCCUGCUCGUCCAGAUCAGCCCUAAAGAGUGUCUCUUGGCGCAGGGCGAAGGCAACGCAGAUGGCAGCAAACUUCGGGAGGUACGUGGUGGUCAGAGAUCUCACAUGGAAAGAGGGAAACAUCAGUGAGACAUCUAAGGGAAAAGUGUAAACAUGGGCAGAGGUUGUUGUGCUCUUUUGAUAUAAAGUAAGGAUCUUAUAUUUACGUGUGUUUGCGUAGGUGGUGCAGCGUGGCGGCAUGUUGGUCUCUGACAGGAAGAAAGCAGAGUUCAACAGCAAGGACAUGGUGCAGGAUCUGAACCGGCUGCUGAGGGCAAAGAGGGGAGAGACGGUGGCGAGUAACACGCUGCCUGAGCUGGACAAACAGGUAAACAACCCGACAAUAUGAGGCACUAACCAAGGAGGGGAUAUAACCACAUAUGAUCACAGUUUGUAUCAAAACAAGGACUUUAGUUUUUUGUAUUUUUAAAGAUUGAAAAUCAGACAAACCAGACAGCGAUUUUACAUCCACAGAUCAGACAAAUAAAACCUAAAUUGAUUAUAUCUUAAAGUAAUAAGAAGGAUAUAAAAACAAAAACUUAAUUCCUCUGUGUGGUCUCACUUUCAGGUGGCGAUGUCAAGUUUGGCCGCAGUCGUGCGCUUCCUCGAGCUCCUCUCUGACGAGUCCAACUUUAACUCAUUCAGUCUGACUGCCCUGGGUCUGGGUCAGUACAUGAGGCUGGACAACGCGGCUGUGAGGGCGCUGAACCUCUUCCAGGUCAGUCACAUGGAUCGGGUAAAAGGAGCUCAGUUAAGCCUCAGUUUGUCCGAAUCAUAAAGGAUUCAGAUGUCUUAUAGUAACAUGGAGACAGAAAUGUUCUCAGUUCGUGGAAAUGCGAGUACUUCUGUUCCUGAGUUGGAUUUUUGUUUGUUCGAUCGAUCCAGGGAUCACCUGACGACACCAGUGGAGCUCACUCAUUGGCCGGUCUGCUGAACAAGUGUCGUACUCCACAGGGUCAGCGUCUCGUCAACCAGUGGAUCAAACAACCUCUGAUGGAUAAAACCAAAAUAGAGGAGAGGUAAACGCAAAGACAGAAGUAAAGUUGUAUCUCAAAUUCAUAAUCCUCUGAUUUUGUAGGAUUCAUUUUGGGAUUCUGAUGGGAGUGGGAAAAUAUUUUGUCAGGGCUGAAAUUCUUCUGUGUUUGUGUGUCUAGGUUGGACCUGGUGGAGAGUUUUGUGUGCGACUCGGAGCUCAGGCAGACCUGUCAGGAGGACUUGCUGCGCCGGUUUCCUGACCUGCACCGUCUGGCCAAGAAGUUCCACCGUCACUCUGCGACCCUGCAGGACUGUUACCGCGUCUACCAGGCCGUGAGCCACAUCCCCGCUCUCAUCACAGCGCUGGAGAGAUACUCAGGUCCACACCGAGUUUCUUUUUAUGACUUACUUGUUUUUGGUCUUUUGUUAAGCACCGAAAUUCUGGGUAAAAUGUGCAUCGUUAAAUCACCAGAAUUUCUUUUGAAAAUAGAGAAAAGUUCCGGAAAAUUCUGAAAUUUCGACAGAAAAUUCUCUUAAUUUCUGUACAAAUACAGAGAUUUUUUAAAAUUUCUCCUUUUUUAAAAUUUCAGUUGCAAAAACGCAAAAAAAUUCUAUUUAAAUUUUACUUUUUGAAUAAAAAAUCGAAAGGUUUUUCAAGAUCCCAGAAAGUUGUUGAAAAUUUUCAAAUUAACAUUUUAUUAAACAUAAAAAACACAAAAAAAUCCCUGAACCUCCACAUUUUAAACUCUUAAAUUAAAUCUUUAAAAGUUUGACUAUUUUUUUAAUUCUUACAUAAUUACCAAGAGUUUCCAUAAGUUUCCGACCAAGACUCUCCAAACUUAAAUUAAAAAAUGGCCUGUAAUUCGGAAAAAAAAAACAAAACCCUAAUUAUCCCUUCUCUUUUUCUGUCCCAUUGAUCAGAACCAAAAUAUAUCUCUGGAGAUAAAAUUCAUUAUUGCUCAUUGAUUAAAAUGUAAAGUAUUUAUGCAAGUGUAUGAUUGUCUCUAUGUUUGUGUAGGUAGCUAUCAGGUUUUGUUGGAGGCCGUCUUCCUCGCUCCUCUCCGAGACCUGCAGACUGACUUUGUGAAAUAUCAGGAGAUGGUUGAAACCACACUGGACAUGAACCAGGUAUUUUUCCCCAACAUUCCUCCACAUAUGCACACUGCUUUGACACUUCAGCAUUUGUUCAUGUGGAUCUACUGCACCUCGUCCCGUGUUACAGGUAGACCACCACGAGUUCCUGGUGAAGGCGUCGUUUGAUCCUGUGCUGACCGAGCUGAGAGAAAAGAUGGACGAGCUGGAGAAAAGCAUGCAGGCGGUGCUGAACAGUGCAGCCAGAGAACUGAGUGAGUGAACUCAUGUUCACACAGUUGAAGAAAAUGAUUGAUUUGUUGUAUUUCUUUGUGGUUUUACAGUCCCAUCAUCGGUUCUCUGGGUUCCAGGUCUUGAGGCCGGUAAGACGGUGAAGCUGGAGUCAAAUGCCGUGCUGGGAUAUUACCUGAGAGUCACCUGUAAAGAGGAGAAGAGUCUGAGGAACAACAAGAAGUUCACCACGCUGGACGUUCAGAAGAAUGGAGUGCGCUUCACCAACAGGUACAAGAGAGGAGAUUUCACACACUAUAGAUCCCAUGUCUUUGAAACCACAACCACAGGAAAGACUGCUGUCUAGACUGUUAUCCAGAAGAUGAUCAUCCUCACCCUCCACAAGGAGCGUAAACCACAGAAGGUCAUUACUCAAAAGGCUGGCUGUUCAUGUGAGCUGCAUGGAAGGUAAACGUGAGGGAGGACUUCCAGGAAAUGUUCGCUGACCUUGAAAUAACUUAGAGGUUUUAAAUUGUGUGAAAGAGGAUGAUCCAUUUUUGACAGAUUUUUUAAGAAUGAUCAAAUAAUAAGAGAAUUGGAUCCAUAUUUCGAUGGACCAUAAACUUCAAAUAUGUCCUCUACAAUCACGAAACCUUUGCGGAUCAAAAAUGAAAACAAAAUCUUCUACGUGAUAUCCCAGUUUUUUGAGCUUCAUCUGAAACUGGGUCGUCUGUUCCACUCUGUGAAGGAAGCUUUGCGCCUGUUUCCGGCCUGGACCGACAAAGUUCUGUUUGCUGAUGGUGUUUUUUUUGUUUUCUAUAUCUGCAGUAAGCUGAGCUCCUUCAACGAGGAGUACACAAAGAACAGGGAAGAAUACGAGGAGGCCCAGAACGCCAUCGUCAAGGAGAUCAUCAACAUCGCCUCAGGUGAGGAGGGGAUCGUCGCUUAUUUCAUGCUGCUCAACAAUUCACAUCAGUAUGACUGAUUUGGCAGCUGGAUCAGGAGUCAUUUUGAGGAAUUUGUCUGAUGUGACCUUUAGAAAUUGAUUUAGUAAAGGAUGAGUAACCGUUAAGAUUGUGGUCAGAUGGCAUUAUUUUAUCAAAUGUCAGCUGUUCUGGGGCCAGCUCACGCUGCAGACUCCUGUUUCAGUGAUAAUUCCUCCUCUGUGAACCUCCAGGCUACGUGGAUCCUCUGCAGACCCUGAGUGAUGUGAUCGCCCAGCUGGACGCCGUUGUGAGUUUCGCCGUCGCGUCCGUCUCCGCUCCAGUGCCGUACGUCCGACCCCACCUGCUGCCUGACGGCUGCAGACGCAUCGGGCUGAAGCAGGCGAGACACCCCUGCAUGGAGACGGACGCAGACACCGCCUUCAUCCCCAACGACAUCAGCUUUGUACAAGGAGAGAAAAGCUUCUACAUCAUUACAGGUCAGAGGAUGUGGAGUCGAGGCUUUGGUGUAAAACAGUUACACCUGAGAAUGAGGAAGUCUGUUUAUGAAGAACCAGCAGUGACCAAAGUGAGCUGGUCAGAGUGAUUCACAUGACUGAGACACCGUAACACCAAGUAAGUGACCUGUCGAGAGAUGAAUGUUGCCGACCACUUGCUUCUCUACUUAUACCAAAUUUAGCAACAAUAGCAGGAUUGCAAUACAGAGAGCCACGGGCUCGACCGAAACGCCACUUUAUAGCCACAAAUAAUGCUCAGAACAGCACCUAACUUCAUCAACAGUACAUAUAGGGUCACAGCCAUAGUACUAGACACCAAACAUCUUUUUAACUUUGCCUAAUUUCUUUAGCAAAGAGACUAAACACAACUCACCCACUCGCUUCCAGCAGCCGCUUGUUUGUAGCGAGACCUCUUGUCAGUGCAUUAAGGACUACAGCGAGGGGACACAGCUCAAGGAAGAACAUUUAUGAUCAUUACUUUAUCACUUUAUGAAGAAAUGAUCAUAAAUGUUCUUCCGCGAGCUGUGAAACUCCGCUGCAGCCAAUGGACUCGCCCGGAGUUGUGUGUGAGUUGUGUUUAGUCUCUUUGCUCAAGAAAUCAGACAAAGUUAAAAAGAUGUUUGGUGGCUAGUACUAUGGCUGUGACCCUAUAUGUACUGUUGAUGAAGUUAGGUGCUGUUCUGAGCAUUAUUUGUGAAUAGAGUGGCUUUUUGGUUGAGGUUUGUUUAUGGCUCCUCAGACCGCUGUGUAUUGCUAUCCUGCGGUCGUUACUAAAGUUUGUAUGACUAGAGAAACAAGCAGUCGGCAACAUUAAUCUCUUGACGGUGUGUUUGACCCUAAAUUAAUCUAACGCCGGAAUAUCCCUUUAACUUUUAAACUCUGUGAAUCAGCGGUAACAUUUGCCACCGAGCUGCUUCAUUCCCUGACGUAGUCACCACUGAUGGAGUCUUAGAGCAGAGCAUCUAUUUCGAAGUUGAUUAUAAUCUGUAUUUUUCUAAAACCUGCUGACAGCCACAUCCAGGAACAGUGCUAAGAGAGAACAGAAUCCUUCUCUGAGACUCUUUACGUGCAUAGAAAUGUGGAAAAUUGAGCUUCAAAUUGGAGAAGGCUAUGUUCUCAGUGGAUGUUCAGAUGCUGCAGAAGGGUCAGUUCUUUAUCCAAUUAUCAAGAGUUAAUCCAUCUUUGUCAAUAAUUCGUCACACAGGCCUUCAGGUCAGGUCUGUCAUAAUGAUGAGAAGAUUUUGCGGAUGAAAAGAACCAAUCUGAGGUUUUAUUUCCUCUUCAUGUGUAGCCUCAUGUACCAGUAUUGGACUCUGUCUUCCUCUCGUCUGCAGGACCAAACAUGGGCGGUAAGUCGACGUUUAUCCGGCAGGUGGGUGUGAUUGCUCUCAUGGCUCAGAUCGGCUGCUUCGUGCCUUGCGAGGAGGCGGAGCUCAGCGUGACUGACAGCAUCCUUGCCCGAGUUGGAGCAGGAGACAGCCAGGUGAAAGGAGUGUCCACCUUCAUGUCUGAGAUGCUGGAGACGGCGGCGAUCCUGCGGUAAGAACACGCACACACACUUUUUUACAGCUACAUUUUGGUACAAUUAAACAUUUCCUCUUCGUCCGUGUCCUCCCUCCAGCUCAGCCACAGAAAACUCACUCAUCAUCAUCGACGAGCUUGGUCGAGGAACCUCCACGUACGACGGCUUCGGUCUGGCGUGGGCCAUCAGCGAGCACAUCGCCUCUAAGAUCGGCUGCUUCUGCCUGUUCGCCACUCACUUCCACGAGCUGACCGCGCUCGCCGCUCUGCAGACGAGUGUCCACAACCUGCACGUCACAGCGCUGACGACGCACAACACGCUGACCAUGCUGUACAGAGUCAGACCAGGUGAGCACAAACACACACACACAGUUUAUCAAACGCAAGCGUGUAGAGCCUCAAGAAUGACCUUUCUGCCUCCAGGUGUGUGUGAUCAGAGUUUUGGUAUCCACGUCGCCGAGCUGGCCUGCUUCCCGCCAUCUGUCGUUGCCAUGGCAAAGGAGAAGGCCGAGGAGCUGGAGGAGUUCCAGGAGCCUGCCGGAGAGAAGUCAGGGCAGGAUGAAGAGCCUGAGGCCAAGAGACGACGCUCCGAGAAACAAGUACGAUUUCAGAUAAGUCUGAUUUGUGGUCGUGCAGAACCGCCGUACACGUGGAAAAUCGCGGAGAGAGGAACACGAGGGGAUGGUUAUCUUAAUUCUUCAUUAACAGAGAAGAGGCAGCGAAGCCCUGAUGAUUAUCUGAGAAUAAUGACUUUUAAUGUUAAUGAAGCUGUAAAACCGCACUGCAAACGGGAACAAAUAUGGGUCAAAUAUAACCACUGUGACUGUUUAUAGAAGUAGAUGACAUACAUCUACAUUUUCCCAUCGUACAGCAGCGAAGUAAUUGUUUCUCCUGUGUCAUUUUUGUACUUCAGGUGGGGGAAAUCCUGAUCCAAGACUUCCUGGAGAAGGUGAAGUCUCUUCCUGCUGCCACCAUGAGCGACGAGGAGGUGAAGGCGGCGCUGAAGAAGAUGAAGGAGGAGCUUCUGACCAAAAAUAACUCGUACAUUUCGGAGAUCCUCGCACGCUGCGCUCCUGCAAAAACAGCCUGAUCUCUUAACAAUCGCUUUUACGUUUUCAGUUAACUUCGGAUCAACACUAACGCUCUUGGAUUGUAUAGUUUUUCAAUAAAGAUGCUUUUCUGUUCUGCAAA